AGUGAAAGUGACGGGGACUUCCUGUCUGAAGUCACAUUUGAUUUCAACUCACUUUCUUUAUUUUUCUCGCCUUGGUGAUAAUUGUGAGCACUUGCCAUUCAAUGGAGCCUAGACGGGAUUUCAAGAGCAUCAUCAAUUCAGUCCCUUUUACCUUUCUGGUCGGCCCGAGCCAUACGAAGCUCACCAUCCAGUCGGGUCUCGCCGGCCAUGUCUCUGGGCCCCUGGACCACCUUAUGAACAGUGGUCAGACACGGGAGUCCAAGCACCAGAUCGCCGUCCUGGAAGAUGAGGACGUGGAGACCUUUGUCGCGUUUUGCGAGUAUGCGUAUACGGGUGACUAUGUCGUGCCUCCGCCAGGAUGCCGGGAAGAUGAUAACGAGCAGGAUUCGAUUAACAACACCUUCAAUGGAAUGAUUACGAAAGACACUGGCACCUCGACCCCAGCAGUUGGUCUGGCAGAGCCGCCACAGCAGCCGGCAGAUGUAUCAAUCGAGCCACAUGUGGUACUUCUCAGCCGAAAUGACAAUGAAGGCGAAGAUGCCCGUGAAGGUGAAGAGGAGGUUGGAACCCUAAGCCAACAGCCAGGCCGGACAGAAGGAGAAGCAUGGCCUCUCUCAACUCAUACUGAGUACCUGGCCCAGGACCCAGCUGCUACGCCUCGAGAGUCUGAUCGAUCUCCCGCCUCUUCCGCUGACCCCUCCCCUUCCCGUGGGAGAAGACUCCGCAGGCGAAAGACUGAUGAACAAGGGUUUAUUCAAGACCCGUCGUUUAAACUCACGCCCCCGUGCACACCCCCUGGUGCUGCAAGAGUUGAAUCUGCACAGGCGGCAGAACUGCCCUUUGCAGAACCCACCGAGAACCCCCACGCCAGGACCGAGACCGCCGCAGACCAGCCCAACUUUACCAUACGGCCAAUGGGGCAUCCCGAGUCAACCUUCGGCAACGGCGUGAAUGAAGGUGGAUAUGAUGGAGAUCAGAAUCGGCAAGAGGAGGACCCGAGUAGAAGCCGAGUGCAGCCGGUCAUAGACACGUCUUUUGCCAAUCAGCAGUUCUCUCCUCACCACGAGAAAGGAACAACCACCCUGUGGGAUGAAUUCACAGUUAUUGACGAAACCGAUGCUCGCCCCUCACACCAAGCAACAAGAUCCUCAAACCCGCCUCCUGGGGUUGCAUUGCCCUAUCUGAUCUUCCACGCUAAGUUGUAUGUUUUUGCAACACGCUACUUGAUACCAGAUCUGGCACAUCUAUGUUUGCAAAAGCUGCAUCACGACCUUCUGAAUCUGGCCUUUCCCGACUCAGACCCCGAGAAUCAGUACGUGGAGCAGCUUGUUCUGACCACAACCAAGGCUAGGAUGGUCGUCGAUCUCCUCAGCUAUACCUAUACGAAAACGACGCGCCUGGAGCCGAUAACACCUUCUUCGGCUACUCAGCUCCGGGAUAAUGAGCUCCGGAGACUUGUUGUGCACUAUGCUGCCUGCAAAGUGCGAGACCUUGCAGAGUACUGUCCUCCAACGGAGCCUAUCGUAGGGUCCACGUUUUACUCAGAGGCAUCAGAGAGACCGUCUGCCCGCGGAUUCCGUGCACUUUUGGAUACUCUCCCGGAGCUUGCUUCAGAUUUGAUCUACCGCAUGAUAUAAACAACACACCCCCCCCACACUAUCACAAGUACCUUGCGGGAAAUGCGUCUGAGAUGAAGAAUGCGUAUUGUUAGGAUAUUACCACGCUCAUGAACUCGAAUGAUUGAUGAUUGACAGUGAUCUUGA